UGUUGAUCCUCAAGUAUCUGGAUGGUCCGGUAAACAAGCUUUGAUGAAUAGAACGAGGCACCCAAUUCUUUUAAAGAUCGGCAAAUAUUUAUAAAAUAUUUAAUAAUUUGAUGGUGUUUUAGUGCGCCAUGCUGCGAAUUCGCUGUUCGUUGUAAAAAAGUGGAUUUGAUGAGAAUAAAGCAACCGAGCGACGUGCGUUGUAAUUAUCCAAGGACCACCGAAUCUGCUCAGAAUGACGCCCUGAACAGCCAGCCGCAAACUGACGGUGCCAGUCAAGCGGGAAGGGGGAGCUGUCUCAUCUUUCUGAAACCUCUGACUUGUUCGGCGCGCAGGACUUUGAAAGCUGCAAGAGGAUUUCAAACAUACUCGGCAUUCGGAUAGCCUUGACCAUGCUAAAUACAGAGCUGCAUUCUUCAGUUUGUUGACACCAUGCUGGGCGCCAGGCAGCUGAAGGACUGAAGGUGGGAGGAGUGGGAUCAGAGGCGGGGGCACCAUGCUGGAGGAUGGGGAGGCGGAGGGUAGGUCCCUGCAGGCGGAGCUGGAGAGGCUGAGCCUGGAGCUCCAGGAGGCCAAUGAGGAGAAGCUGCAGGCGGCCCGGUACGGGCUGGCCGUGCUGGAGGAAAGCGCCUCUUUGAAGAGCAAGCACGGCCAGCUGGAAGAGGAGCACGAGGCGCUCAAACAGGAGCUGCAGCAGCUCAGAGAGGCCCUGGCCGACUCGCUGAGCAGUCAGAAGCGGGCGGCGGCCGACGGGGAGACCCGGGAGGAGAGCCUGCUGCAGGAGACGGCCAGCAAGGAGGCGGCCAUGGCGCAGCGGCUGGACGACCUGCAGGGGGAGCUGCGGCAGGCCAGAGUGGCGCUGGUCAACGCCCAGGCCGAGAGCGACAGGCUGGGAGCGCUGUCCGCACAAGUCCGCAAGGAGUGUGAGGGGCUGGAGCUGGAGAAGGCUCAGCUCAGAGAGGAGAUGAAGGAGUACAAGCUGCGGGAGCUCCAGCAGCUCCAGGACAACAGCGAGCUGGAGGAGGAGAACAUCUCCCUGCAGAAACAGGUCUCCAUGCUGAAGGAGAACCAGGUGGAGUUUGAGGCGGUAAAGUUGGAGCUAACCCAUAAGGAGGAGGAGCAGGAGGUGCUGCGUGCACAGCUGGAGGAGGCGGGGCGGCUGCGGGAGAUCGCGGAGCGGCAGCUGGAGGAGGCGCUGGAGGCGUUGAAGGAGGAGCGGGAGCAGAAGAACAGCCUGCGGCGGGAGCUCUCUGCCCUGGCCGCCGCCCCCUUCGGCCCGUCCGCUCACCUGGAGCUGCACCUGGAGCAGCUGGAGGAGAGCCAGGACGAGGGGCGGGGCGAGGACCAGGACAGCGGCUACAACCUCGGCCUGGCCGCGCUCUCCCGGUCCAACGGCCAGCUGUGCUUCUCCACCCCCCGGAGCAGGGACGUCUUUCUGCGCCCGCCUGCCCCCAGCUUGGUCUCUGACCUGCUCAGCGAGCUCCACCUGUCCGACAGCCAGACACUCCAACAGCAGCUCCUGCAGGCAGAGAUAGAUAAGGCAGCACUGGGCUCGACAGUGCAGGAGCUGCAGAGGCAGCUGCUGGUCUCCAAGGAGACGCAGACGGAGCAGGAGGCCAGGCUGAAGAAGCUGGCGCAGCAGCUGGAUGACCUGAAGGGGCACGGUGGACCGCAGGGUGCCGGCGACCAGCAGGGGGCGCUGGAGAACGGGCACGACUACGAGCUGGACGUGAACGGGGCGGAGAUCCUGGAGAGCCGCAUGCGGGCGGCCAGCGAGGAGGUGCAGAGCCUGCGGGAGGAGCUGCAGGAGGUGGGGGAGCGCUACGCCGCCCUGGAGGGCAGGUACCGGCAGGAGAAGGAGCGCUGGAGGGGCGAGGCGCAGGAGCUGGCCGAGAAGAUCCGGGCGUGCAUCAGGGCCAGCCGCCAGGACCAGGAGCGCAUCGGCCAGCUGGAGAAGGAGAUCGGCGCCACGCGCAAGGUGGCCAUCGACUCGGAGGGGCACCUGAGCGUGGCCCAGGAGGAGCUGCUGGCCUUCUCCGAGGAGCUGGCCAACCUGUACCACCACAUCUGCGUCUGCAACAACCUGACGCCCAGCCGCGUCACGCUGGACUACUACCGGCAGGGCCCCCGGGCGGGGCCCGGCGGGCGCGGACCCCACCCCCACCCACGCAAGCGCUGCUCCGGAGACCUGCUGGGGAAGAUGCUGCAGGGGGCGGGGCUGGGCGGGGACACGGACAGCAGCGGCAGCGGGGGGGGCAGCGGUGACUCCUCCCCCGUCAGCGCCGGGGUGGGCAGCUGCCCCGGCUCCCCCACCCUCGACUUCCGGGACCCCACCAACGUGCGCAACCUGGUGGCCGUCAUCCGCAGCCAGAUGAAGCACCUGCAGGUAGCGGUAGACCUGUGCCGGCAGAGGGGAUCGCUGCCCGCCCCCUCCGGGAGGGGCCUGGGCGUGGCCGAGGCGGAGCGGGACACGGAGGCCCUGCUGGAGGAGGUGCUGAAGCUCAAGUCCCUGCUGAGCACCAAGAGGGAGCAGAUCGCCACACUCAGGACCGUGCUGAAGGCCAACAAACAGGCGGCGGAGGUGGCUCUGACCAAGCUGAAGACGAAGUACCAGGCGGAGAAGACCCUGGUGACGGAGACGAUGGUGAAGCUGCGUAACGAGCUGAAGGCCCUGAAGGAGGACGCCGCCACCUUCUCAUCUCUGAGAGUCAUGUUUGCCAGCAGGUGUGAUCAGUACAUCACGCAGCUGGAUGAGAUGCAGAGGCAGCUGGCGGCGGCGGAGGACGAGAAGAAGACGCUCAACUCGCUGCUGCGCAUGGCCAUCCAGCAGAAGCUGGCGCUGACGCAGCGGCUGGAGGACCUGGAGCCGCCGUACUCCCCCAGCACCAGCGCCGGCAGCCCCCGCCGCUCCCGCGCCAAGCAGCUGGGCGCCGCCAAGACCGGGCGCGCCCCCCGGAGCCCCCGAGGGAGCCCCGCCCGUCCGCUGGGGGGCAGCCCGCGGGGGAGCCCCGGCAGGACCGCGGGGGGCCAGGGCGUGGCCCUCAGCGCCGGCGCUGGGGGCGGACACAUCCGCACGCUCGUCCGAAGCCUGCACCCCAGCACCCGAUAAACACAAAAAAAUUCCCAUGGUCCCUCACUUUGUCUGCUGUCCUUUCUCCAUGGAAUCCUUCAUGUCUUCUGCACAAAACGCCCCCGCUCACCCACCUCCCCCGACCCUGAGACAUCCUCUCCAUCCCAGACCGGAAGCUUCAUCACAACUCCUCAGAAGGACACUGAAGAUGAGAGCUUCUCGCCUUUUACUUUGUUUCAGAAGAGGAAGUGAGAGGGCAAAUAUCCAGGGUUAUAAAUGAGAUUUUACAAUGAGGAACAAGCUCCACAGAUCGAUUUGACAGUUUCGGAGAGCUUGGAAUUUUGUUGAUUGCACCGUAGACCUUUUUAGCAAACAGACAUGGGAACAGAUGUUAGGCACUCUGAAGGAUCUCUGCAGUUGAAGCAUCUCCACACGUGAAGGAUCUCUGCAGUUGAAGCAUCUCCACACGUGAAGGAUCUCUGCAGUUGAAGGAUCUCCACACGUGAAGGAUCUCUGCAGUUGAAGCAUCUCCACACGUGAAGGAUCUCUGCAGUUGAAGGAUCUCCACACAUGAAAGUUCUCCACACAUGAAGCAUCUCUGCACGUGAAGGAUCUCUAAAUGGCAGUCUUUGGCUGACUGCCGGCGGUAAUGAAACUGCGUGGGUUUGAGUAAGAUGGAGGGUGCCAUUACCCCGUAAUGGAUACCUGCACAGCCUGUCCUCACAGAGCAGCGCUGUGUGACCCCAGUGUGACAGUAUUCUGUGUCUCAUUUUUAGGCCAGUUGGGAUGUCGGUAGAGCCAAGCACGGCUGAGGCUGAUUGGGGGAGAUGUGCGCAGUGACAGGUGAGGGUGGCCGGGCCGAUCAUUUGUUGAUCAGCCCGGCCAUGGGGGGGGGGGGGGUGCAAAACAAUUUUGAAGUCAUGGUCAUGAAGCACAACUGACACUGCCUCGUUUGUUUGUGUGUGCAUAGUUGUUUUUUCCUGCUUUAGUUCUGUUAUGUUUUGCCAUGACUGAUACUUGCUGUUGAUGUGUAUUAUUAACUGGAAGUCAUUCUUAUAAGCGAGUGCCAUCAAAGGAAAUUGAAAUCAGCAUAAUCCUGCUUCUAAUGGCAGCAGAAGUCCCCCCAUGGAACCUCGUUGCAAAAUAUCAACAUAUGUUUUCGAAACAUUUACUUAAAAGUAUAUUCAUGUAAUCGAUAAGUAAGUUUGUUUUUAAAAGCUAUCAGAAAAAGCUGUAUACAUAUAUUUUCCAUGUUUCAUUUAAAGGCUGAUCUAAAGUCAGCUCUUCCAAGAAAUCAAGACACCGCAAUUUCCUUUCUCAGCACAAUUUUUGAUUUGAAAAAUGGAGCCCGAAGUGUAACUAGAAUUCUGUUUUUAUUUCAAAAUUUGCUAAAUUACAAUGAAACUCUAUGGGAAGACGAUGAUACUGCUGCCAGCCUUUAGGGGCUACAGAUCUGUGGUUGCUAAAACUACAAACCAACUGUUCCUUUUGUUUUGGGUCAGGGGUGAAAAGCUGGCCUGUGGGGGAGCUGCUAAGUCUCCUGACAGACGGGACACAAGCAGCACCUUGGGGUCAGCCACUCUGUACCGUGUGGAAAGGACUCCCGGCUGCCGUGCAUUACUGAAAAAGUUGCAGUUUUGCAUUUCUCGUCUAGAUAGCGCCAGCCCUGCAUUGCAUAUCACGGGUGGUUGAUCCAAAUCACUUUGGGCCCGCAUAGGCAGUAACGGGCCCAAUGUGCAAUCAAAGCUAUGGGCGGCUCGGAAGAAUUCUCCAGGUCUCUACAGACCAGGUCCAAACUUGCGCCCAGGACCACCCACUUUAUAAACAGUAUCAUGAAGGGAACACAUCAUGCCACCAAUGUUAGUGCAUCACAAUAGUGCCUUAAGUUUUGUUUUGGUGUUUCUUGAUUCGAAGCAAAACAGAUCUGGUCUAAAUAUUGUAUUUGUUGUUGGAGAGAAAAGACUUGAUGUUUUUGCAAUUAUUGUGGAGUUUUAGUGUUUUUAAUUUGGGAUUGAACUGAACAACUUUUUUUAAUAUAUACUGACUGUUAAGAGUGUGAAUGCUUUGAAGUGCAUCAGGUUUUUUCCCCUGAUAACCCUCCACUGUGUCUUUCAAAACCAAAUUCCACAUUGAUAUUUCUGCUUGUUAACUACUUUUUAUCACUGCAAUAUUACUUUCCUGUAAUCUAGCUCUGGAGUAAUUUUUGAGAUUAUCUGUAUUCACCAAAAUUACACUAUCUGUGGAAUAGUGGUGCAUUGUGCGUGAAUGAUUCGUUCUAUUUGAAUGAAUCUUUUCAGUGAACAUAAGGAACUGCCUCACCUCCAUGUAAGGAUUCAUUCCUUUAGCUUUUAGUAAGUUUUAAACCUGCCAUUCACUGAAGCUGCAGUGACUCCUAUUUGACAGUUUUCUUCACUGGGCUCUGUAGUAGCCAUUAGCCAAUGAAAGCAUUGAUCCACUUGAGUGGGGUGUGCCCUCCGAGCCCCUUUAAAUGUAAGUUAAAUAUUGCAGAAACAUCGGAAGAGCAUACCAACAGUCUACUGUAGGAAUUCACCUACAAAGAAAAGUAGAUGAUUUGUUUCGAAGUAGGCUAGUUCUUCACUGAAUCAGUUGGGGAAUCAGUCUACAUGACCGAGUUGGGUUCUCUCUUCAGCCACCUACAGUUUUCAGUCGCUGCUUUCUCGUUCACUAGGAACUAGAGUCAGUGAAGUCAGAACCAGUCACUGCUUGACUCUCGUUCUCGUUUGCGGGAGUCUGAACAAGAACAGUUGAACAGGUGAACGAGCCUGUGAAUUAAUCUUUUUUGGGAGUCAAAUGUUUUGUGUCCCUGAAAGGAACCGUAAUACCUACCACUACUGUGGAACUCAUUCAAAUACUAAAUCAGUCUGCCUGUAUUACAAAGGACCUACCUGAUUUGUCAGUCUCAGAAUUUUUUUUAUGAGUAAUGGUUAUUAUCUUGCAAAUAUAACGGACUACACUAUAGCAUGGACUGGACUGAUAACAUUCCUUUAGGUUCGCACAGAAAUGGCAGAUGUUUCCAUUAGAUGUCUCUUGAAAUUUAGCAACGCAUCCAAGAUGAUCCAAGUUCACAUCUGAUGCGAAUCGGCAAGUUGUAACAUUGAAACGAAAGUGCUUGAUCCCGCUCUGUGAUCCGCUGCAUUCUCCUCGAAUGCUGAAACUGAAGCAACCGGUCGAAGGAUAUUUCAACUCGUUUCCAACUCACCAAAGUCACUGCCAAACUGCCUUGGGUAUUUCAGCAGACAACUGACCACCCUCGGUUCUCCCGACUGUAGCCGAGGAGCCCGUGCUGGCCACGCCACACCAGGUGCUGAGUGUUGAUUUACUGCAUGGCCAACACGUCCAAGAACAAAACUGCUAUGCAAAUUGGUUUUAAAAGCCGUCUCUGUCCAUGCCACUUAAGGAAAGUGUCAGGAUGUUUGCGUCCUGUCGAGAGAUUGACACAAGUAAAGAUUUGGUUUUGUGGGAAAGAGUUGAGCUUGAGUGUGGCUCAGUUCCAGCCUGGACACAGUUCUAGGCUUGCACCAUGCCCUCCAUGCAGGGUCAUGCAUUUAUAUGGACUGUUAAACCUGACCUGUAUACUCUAUAAUAAAUCCCACUUUGAAACAAAGA